AUGACUAUGGAUAUUCGUCCAAAUCACACAAUAUACAUUAACAACUUAAAUGAGAAAAUAAAAAAGGAGGAACUAAAGAAAUCUCUAUAUGCUAUCUUCUCACAAUUUGGUCAGAUAUUAGAUAUUGUUGCAAUGAAAACGCUUAAGAUGAGGGGCCAAGCAUUUGUUAUAUUCAAGGAAAUCUCAAGUGCAACAGUUGCUCUGAGGAGUAUGCAGGGGUUCCCCUUUUAUGACAAACCCAUGAGGAUCCAGUAUUCAAAAACAGAUAGUGAUGUUAUUGCAAAGAUCAAGGGAACAUUCCAAGAGAGGCCAAAGCGUCCUAAAGCUCCCAGAAGUACAGAAGAUAGCAAGAAGAAGAAAAACAAAGAUGCAGGUCGCAGUGUCAUACCAGGUUUUGGCCAACCAAACAUGCUUAACAAUGCUAAUGCAGAACAACCUCCUAAUCAGAUUCUCUUCCUUACCAAUUUACCUGAUGAGACAUCUGAAAUGAUGUUGUCUAUGCUUUUCAACCAAUUUCCUGGCUUUAAAGAAGUUCGCCUUGUACCAAAUAGACAUGACAUUGCCUUUGUCGAGUUUGCCAAUGAAAUGCAGUCUGCUGCAGCAAAAGAAGCCUUACAAGGAUUUAAGAUUACCCCUACCCAUGCUAUGAAGAUCACGUUUGCAAAGAAA